AUGGCCGACAACGCACCGGACGCCCACUUGCGAGAACUACGAAGACAGCCGCAACCGGGCUCGAAGCCCAGCCAGGCGGGCCUCCAAAGUGUCGGCCAAGAUAACAUUCAAGGCAAUGGACCGAUCCAGCGGUCCGAUCGGUGGAUGAAGGCAUGCAGACGCGAACGGGGGCGACGGAGAGCCGCGCAGGCGGCCGGGAGCGCUGGAAUCGGCGCGGUAGCGACACCGAGGACGCUGUGGUGGCUUGUGCGCAUGGCCGACAACGCACCGGACGCCCACUUGCGAGAACCACGAAGACAGCCGCAACCGGGCUCGAAGCCCAGCCAGGCGGGCCUCCAAAGUGUCGGCCAAGAUAACAUUCAAGGCAAUGGACCGAUCCAGCGGUCCGAUCGGUGGAUGAAGGCAUGCAGACGCGAACGGGGGCGACGGAGAGCCGCGCAGGCGGCCGGGAGCGCUGGAAUCGGCGCGGUAGCGACACCGAGGACGCUGUGGUGGCUUGUGCGCAUGGCCGACAACGCACCGGACGCCCACUUGCGAGAACCACGAAGACAGCCGCAACCGGGCUCGAAGCCCAGCCAGGCGGGCCUCCAAAGUGUCGGCCAAGAUAACAUUCAAGGCAAUGGACCGAUCCAGCGGUCCGAUCGGUGGAUGAAGGCAUGCAGACGCGAACGGGGGCGACGGAGAGCCGCGCAGGCGGCCGGGAGCGCUGGAAUCGGCGCGGUAGCGACACCGAGGACGCUGUGGUGGCUUGUGCGCAUGGCCGACAACGCACCGGACGCCCACUUGCGAGAACCACGAAGACAGCCGCAACCGGGCUCGAAGCCCAGCCAGGCGGGCCUCCAAAGUGUCGGCCAAGAUAACAUUCAAGGCAAUGGACCGAUCCAGCGGUCCGAUCGGUGGAUGAAGGCAUGCAGACGCGAACGGGGGCGACGGAGAGCCGCGCAGGCGGCCGGGAGCGCUGGAAUCGGCGCGGUAGCGACACCGAGGACGCUGUGGUGGCUUGUGCGCAUGGCCGACAACGCACCGGACGCCCACUUGCGAGAACCACGAAGACAGCCGCAACCGGGCUCGAAGCCCAGCCAGGCGGGCCUCCAAAGUGUCGGCCAAGAUAACAUUCAAGGCAAUGGACCGAUCCAGCGGUCCGAUCGGUGGAUGAAGGCAUGCAGACGCGAACGGGGGCGACGGAGAGCCGCGCAGGCGGCCGGGAGCGCUGGAAUCGGCGCGGUAGCGACACCGAGGACGCUGUGGUGGCUUGUGCGCAUGGCCGACAACGCACCGGACGCCCACUUGCGAGAACCACGAAGACAGCCGCAACCGGGCUCGAAGCCCAGCCAGGCGGGCCUCCAAAGUGUCGGCCAAGAUAACAUUCAAGGCAAUGGACCGAUCCAGCGGUCCGAUCGGUGGAUGAAGGCAUGCAGACGCGAACGGGGGCGACGGAGAGCCGCGCAGGCGGCCGGGAGCGCUGGAAUCGGCGCGGUAGCGACACCGAGGACGCUGUGGUGGCUUGUGCGCACGGCCGACAACGCACCGGACGCCCACUUGCGAGAACCACGAAGACAGCCGCAACCGGGCUCGAAGCCCAGCCAGGCGGGCCUCCAAAGUGUCGGCCAAGAUAACAUUCAAGGCAAUGGACCGAUCCAGCGGUCCGAUCGGUGGAUGAAGGCAUGCAGACGCGAACGGGGGCGACGGAGAGCCGCGCAGGCGGCCGGGAGCGCUGGAAUCGGCGCGGUAGCGACACCGAGGACGCUGUGGUGGCUUGUGCGCACGGCCGACAACGCACCGGACGCCCACUUGCGAGAACCACGAAGACAGCCGCAACCGGGCUCGAAGCCCAGCCAGGCGGGCCUCCAAAGUGUCGGCCAAGAUAACAUUCAAGGCAAUGGACCGAUCCAGCGGUCCGAUCGGUGGAUGAAGGCAUGCAGACGCGAACGGGGGCGACGGAGAGCCGCGCAGGCGGCCGGGAGCGCUGGAAUCGGCGCGGUAGCGACACCGAGGACGCUGUGGUGGCUUGUGCGCAUGACCGACAACGCACCGGACGCCCACUUGCGAGAACCACGAAGACAGCCGCAACCGGGCUCGAAGCCCAGCCAGGCGGGCCUCCAAAGUGUCGGCCAAGAUAACAUUCAAGGCAAUGGACCGAUCCAGCGGUCCGAUCGGUGGAUGAAGGCAUGCAGACGCGAACGGGGGCGACGGAGAGCCGCGCAGGCGGCCGGGAGCGCUGGAAUCGGCGCGGUAGCGUGCGUGGAGGCAAAAGGAGCAAAGAAGAUAUCAGAGGAGGGGAUCGAACCCUCGAUCUCGAGCGUGUGA